AUGGAAUACCAAUGUAAUGACAUUGAUGAUAAAUCAAAAGUUGGUGAACUAAAAGAGGAGCUAAGCAGUGCCUUUAUAAAGUCUGAUCCUCAGAACGUGAAUGUGAAAGAAAGAAAACGUAAUGAAAGUUCUUUCAUUCUUACUGUACAGACUCUAGUUGAUAAAAGGGAUAUUAAACCCUUGGAAAGCAGUCUUCAGUUAAUGAAAUCCGGUAUUGAAAAUGUUAUUUCUACAGAACUAACUAACAUUGAAGAGAUCAGCAGCAUAAAGGAUACCGUAAACGAAACAAGAGAUAAAACAAAAAAAACACAAUGGACAUUAAAAGAUAUCAAGAAAGAAUUGGAGACUCCUCUUCAAUCUCUUAAUAAAAGCAGUAACCUGGCAAAAUUAAAAACCUUGGGAGAACUUGAUGGUUUCCUAUCUAGUAUGGGUUUGUAUAUAAGUUGGGGUAUGAAUGAAGGAGAGAUUAAAGGUAAAAUCCAUGCCAAGUACACCCAGUCUGCUCCUUCUUUUGACGUUCAUUAUUCUGGAAAUGUGGAGUUUAAUGGUUCUCAGUUUUAUUCGGGUAACAAAAACUAUAGUCAUAGGAUCUCUAGCGCAAGAUCCAAAUGUAGCUGUAAUGAAUUUGGUCCAUUUCCAGCUUCCAGCAGUAAUAAUAGCAAGUGUGAUUAUUGUGGAGCUUCUGCUAACUAUUGCUCACAUUGUGGGAAAAAAUUUCCAGAACCGACAGCUACGAAUCAUGGCAGAUGGUACUAUACCGAAGGCGAGAAUAAGGGCAGAAUCUAUUUGUAUACUGAAAGCAAAGAAUUUACAGGAAAUGUUUUUUAUUCUGGAAAUGUAAAUUAUACGGGAUCUAAGCCUUAUUCUGGUUACACGAAAGCAACAUGUUCGAGUAAUCAUCACAACUGUUCCUGCGAUAGUUGGUCGCAGAUGGUAUUAAGUUUCCGAGAGGCUUUAGAAGAGAAAGAUUAUUACAAAAAAUCUUUUAAUGAACAAAAAGUCUUAUUAGACAAUCUUCGUACGAAACAUCAAGAGGCUCAAGAUACAGUUAAUGAUAUAGUGCCGAAUAUGGAUCUUAUUGAAGAAAAGAGUCACUUUGCUAUUACUAACAUACAAAGGGAGAGACAAUUAUUCUUAAGUGGUUUAAAAGAUCAACAGGAAAAAACAGUGUUCGCUUUUAAUGUCAUGAAUCAACUUCAUCAGAGUGAAAAAAUCUUCCAAGAACAACUUAUAACAAUUGUUAAGAAUAAUGAAGAACAACAAAGAAACGAAAAAAAUCGUCUUCAAGAAGAAAUCGGUAAUAUACGUCAACAUCAUGGCCACGAAAGUCAACCGAAAAAGACACAUGUAGAUAAGACGCAUAACAAAAUUAACAAAAACCAGCUACAUAUUCAUCAUUCCUCUUGUCAAGAACCUUCUUCGUUCGAACACGAUUUUCUUAACAAAAAGAAAGUCAGAGAACAGGGGAAUAAAAUUCGUUUAUUGACUCAAGAUAUUAUUUGGCGUGACACGCGCAUUACAAAUUUAGAAAAAGAAUUGGGCGAAACAUCUGAGCAAAAACAGGUUUUACAAGACGAAAAGAAAUCUCUUGAAAGAAGUUUGCAUGAAGAAGCGGAAAAGUAUAAAACGCUAUCACUUCUAUAUGAUGAAUCUCUUAACACUAAUGAUCACGAGAAAAAAGUCUGGGAGAAAAAUAAGCUCUAUUUAGAAGAUAAUCUAUCAGAAGCGAAUAAGCAGAUUGAAAAACUGAAGCAUGAGAAAGAUAGUCUUGAGCAUGAAAUGUCUGCGAUAAAACGAGAAUUAGACUUUUCUAAUUCUCAUCUUAAAGACAAAGAAAACUGUAUUGUGGAUCUUGAACAUACUUUACAUGUGAAACAAAAAGAAUUUGAUGAUCUUACGCAUGAACGGAAUGGAUUGGAAUCUGAAUUUGAUUUAUUAAAGCAACAUUCAACUAAGUUAGAAAAAGAACUCAACCAUACAAAAGAGCUGAUGGUUGUUGGUCAAACGAGUUUAAAUAGUUAUCUUAAGAAAGAAGGAGAAUCCAGAAGCCUUCAGAUUCAAAGUUGUUUCAGGGAACUUGAAGACCUUAGAAAGAGAAAUGUUGAUUUUGAAAAAGAAAGUAACCUGCUGAGAGUUCAGAAACAAGAAUUAGAGGACAAAAUAAAGAAGACUGUGGAAAAAUUAAAUAGUUUGUGUUCUAUCAAUCAGAAUAUUCCUAUGUUUCAAAGAACGAUUGACGAUUUGAAAGGAAAAAAUCAGGAGCUUGAAGAGUUAUUGAUCAAACAAAAGAGUUAUUACGAAGAACAAAUCAUGAACUUGAAACAAUCUCACAUGCUUAAAGAUGUAGAAAAAGGACAGGGUGUAUCAGAUGCAGAAAAAGAACAAGCUGUAUUAGAUGCAAAGUUGCGUUCUUUUAUUCCUAACUUGUUUAUAAAACUUUGUAAAAAGUCUACGCUUGAUGAGAAUAGAACUGAUGAAUACCUGGAAGUUUUAACGGAUGAGAAGAUAUCGUUAGCACAGAUGAUUAGAAAAGUUGACGUCUUCAUGAUGAAAGAAAUGAUUUAA